AUGCCAAACGAACCCAUGUCGUUCCUACCAGAGUUCAUUCCAUUGGCAAAACAAAAGGAGAUGUUUGCCGUCUCUUCCUGGCGGGAAUCCCCGCAGGUGACCCCCGCCGCUGCGGCCACGGCGGCCGCCCUCCCAACACUCCCCAGUCCAGCCACACUGCCGGCCGCGCAGUGCGAGAGGGACAACAACAACCCGCCGGGGAAGUCCCACCGCUCCCGCCGGGGACGCGGACGGGCAAAGACGAGCGCCGCCCAGCGACAGCAGGAUGCGGAUGAUUACUUCGUCAACUGCGUCCUGCCGCCGGGGGUGAGCUUCGCGACCCUCAAGUCGGAGUUACUUCUUCUCUCCACCACUCCACUCCGCGCGUAUGAUAUUGGCUCCCCGCACACACUCUUCCCACGACGCAACGGCGGGAGUGCCGGCGCCGCUGCGGAGACCGGCAACGCCGACAACGGCAGUGUGGCGGCCGCGAACACAUCCACCGCCACUCCACCACCACCACAGCAACAACAACAACAGCAACAAACCACAACUUCCAACGCCACUUCUACGGCAGAAACGCCAACAGGCGCCAGUGCGGCACAGGGGCGAAAAAAGUUAAAACCAAAUACCGUGGAACCCUCACCAUUUCGCACGCCUAUGGUGUCUGCGGGUAUGACGGCGGGUGAUGAUUAUGAGUCGCCUGGUGCCUCACUGCCGGAUUUAUCUCUCCCACCGUCUGUUCCAUCUGAGAUUCUUCUAAAAGGUCAUCUCAUCUCCAUCUUAUUUGCAGAAAGCAAUGAGGCGGAGAAGGUGGCAGAGAUGUUAUUAAAGAAGUGGCCUCAGGCAACAGUAGCUAUUGUGUCUCGUAAUCGCUCUGUACUCAAUACCUCACUCGUGUUAAAAGGAUUACCAAGUCUUGCAAAGACAGAACGUAUUAUUGAGGAACUUGAAAAAGUAAUUCCACAGAAACCAUCCUAUAUUCGUCUCCACCGUGGAGAACGUGGAGUGUUUAAGAAUGUUGUCUUUGUGAAGUAUCAUAAUCGUGAGAUUGCAGAGGAGAGUAAACUGCGCCUAGAACGAUUCAUCAUUGGAUCACGUCCACUGAAAGUAGAAUUUAAAAAGAAAGAAAAAGCAUCUACAGAGCGAGAACGUAUUGCAAUACUGCAGCAAUUGGUAAGGAAUCUUCGUGUAAGUACGGAACAUGAGGGAUUUAUAUACCAACUUGUGGAUAUUUCUAAGGAUGAACUAAAGGCGUUAAAGCAACUCUGUCACUCCUAUGAUCUCUCCUUUGAACUCGGUGAGCAUAGUGUGACUGUUCGACGUAUUUUGCCUGGCAGUGGACGUCCAUCACCCGCACUGCGACCUGGUGCUGCUCAGCAAUCGUCCUUAAGUACUGUGAACUUUACACAGCCAACUCCCGCUUCACUGCGGCCUAUGGGAUUUAAGGGCAUCAGUCACUGGCGGGAGAUUCGCAAUAAUGCCGUGCGACUGGGAAUUGCACGGCCAAAGGGACCUGGUGAUGUCCCGCCGUUCGCACCAGGCCGUGGUCGUCCACUGUAA